UGUCAGAGGAAGUCCAAGGCCUGCUCCGGCCAGAGCUACCUUGUGGACGUCGGGACUGGGAGGCCAGGCGGCCCGGGCCCGGAGGCAACGGCGGGUGGCUGGAGCCCCCGUCCGGAGCGCCAUAUGAGACGGUUUAAGCGGAAGCAUCUUACAGCCAUCGACUGCCAACAUUUGUCUCGAAGUCACUUGGCUGUGACCCAGCCCUUCAGUCAAAGAUGGACAAACAGAGACCCGAACCAUGGUCUCUAUCCUAGACCCAGAACAAAAAGAGGGACUAGGGGUCAAGGAUGUCAAAGGUACAUCACUGACUUCUUCCCAGCUGGCCAGCGGCGGUGUACCAAUGACAUGGCUAAAUGCAAUUCUGUGGGCCAGGACAGCUCUAAGGACUCAGAGGGUGAAAUGAUGUUUGUUACAGAAAGCAAUUGUGCCCUCUCUCAGGAAGAUGAUGGAGAAGCAAGACUGGGCUCGUCAGGCUCUGCUCUGCUGGUAAGGAAGCGCUCUCGGUCCUUUGAGGAUGAGAGGAAUCAAGCUACGGGGACCAGUCACUGGCAUGGGGUUUCUAAAAAAACCCCACAGCAUUAUUUGCCCCUGUCCUGCACAAAGGCAAGGGAAGCUAGACUGGAAGCAGAGGGCUUUUUGUCAUGGCUCUCUGCAGAGACUGAAGAACCCAGCCAAGAAGUGGAGAACAUGGAUCAUGAUCCCAUUCCUGACUCUUACUAUGGACUUCUUGGAACCUUGCCCUGCCAGGAACCCCAGAGCCAUAUCUGCAGCCUUCCCAGCGAAGUCCUAAGGCACAUUUUUGCUUUCCUCCCUGUGGAAGAUCUCUAUUGGAAUCUGUGCUUGGUGUGCCAUCUUUGGAGGGAGAUAAUUAGUGAUCCACUGUUCAUUCCUUGGAAAAAGCUGUAUCAUCGAUACCUGAUGAAUGAAGAGCAAGCUGUCAGCAAAGUGGAUGGCAUCCUAUUGAACCAGGGUAUUGAGAAAGAGUCGGAUCUUUGUGUGCUGAACCUCAUCCGCUAUACAGCCACCACUAAAUGCUCCCCAAGUAUGGAUCCUGAAAGGGCACUGUGGAGUCUGAGGGAUCACCACCUCCUUCCUGAGGCAGAGGCCUGUGUGCGUCAGCACCUCCCUGACCUUUACAUCACUGCUGCAGGUGUCAACGUGUGGGCUUUGGUAGCAGCCAUUGUUCUCCUCUCCAGUAGUGUGAAUGACAUCCAGCAGUUACUCUUCUGCUUCAGAAGACCAAGCUCCACUGUGACAAUGCCAGACAUCACUGAGACCUUAUACUGCAUCGCUGUGCUUCUCUAUGCCAUGAGGGAGAAGGGAAUCAACAUCAGCAAUCGGAUUCAUUACAACAUCUUCUAUUGCCUGUAUCUUCAGGAGAAUUCUUGUACUCAGGCCACAGAAGUUAAAGAGGAAACAUCGGUUUGGCCAGGCAGGAAAACAACCAUCCAACUUACACAUGAACAACAGCUGAUUCUGAACCAUAAGAUGGAACCUCUCCAGGUGGUAAAAAUUAUGGCAUUUGCAGGCACUGGGAAGACAUCCACCUUGGUCAAGUAUGCUGAAAAGUGGUCUGGGAGCAAGUUUCUUUAUGUGACAUUUAACAAGAGCAUCGCAAAGCAGGCCGAGCGAGUCUUCCCCAGCAAUGUCACUUGCAAAACCUUUCACUCCAUGGCGUAUAGACAGGUUGGGCGGCAGUACCAGUCAAAGAAGAAAUUGAAUCUCUUCAAGUUAACACCCUUCAUGGUCAAUUCUAUCCUUGCUGAAGGGAAAGGUGGAUUCAUAAGGGCCAAGCUAGUGUGUAAGACUUUAGAAAACUUCUUUGCCUCAGCUGAUGAUGAGCUGACUAUUGACCAUGUACCUAUUUGGUGUAAGGACAGCCACGGACAGAGAGUCAUGGUUGAACAGAGUGAAAAACUGAACAGUGUUCUUGAAGCAAGUCGCCUUUGGGACAAUAUGCGGAACCUGGGGGAAUGCAAAGAAGAGGCUUACCAUAUGACUCAUGAUGGCUACUUGAAACUCUGGCAGUUGAGCAAGCCUUUGCUUGCCUCUUUUGACGCCAUCUUUGUGGAUGAGGCCCAGGACUGUACCCCAGCUAUCAUGAAUAUAGUUCUGUCUCAGCCAUGUGGGAAGAUCUUUGUAGGGGACCCUCACCAGCAGAUCUAUACCUUCCGUGGUGCAGUCAACGCUCUGUUUACAGUCCCUCACACCCAUGUCUUCUAUCUCACACAGAGUUUUAGAUUUGGUGUGGAAAUAGCUUAUGUGGGAGCUACUAUCUUGGAUGUCUGCAAGAGAGUAAGAAAAAAGACUUUGGUUGGAGGAAGCCAUCAGAGUAGCAUUAGAGGUGAUACAAAGGGGCAGGUGGCCCUGCUGUCCCGGACCAAUGCCAAUGUGUUCGAUGAGGCUGUACGGGUGACUGAUGGAGAAGUACCUGCAAGGAUACAUUUGAUUGGGGGGAUUAAAUCAUUUGGAUUGGACAGAAUCAUUGAUAUUUGGAUCCUUCUUCAGCCAGAGGAAGAACGGAAGAAACGAAACCUCCUUAUUAAAGACAGGUUUAUUAGAAGAUGGGUGCACAAAGAAGGCUUUAGUGGCUUCAAGAGGUAUGUGACCGCAGCCGAGGAUAAGGAGCUUGAAGCAAAGAUUGCUGUUGUUGAAAAGUAUAACAUCAGGAUUCCAGAACUGGUGGAAAGGAUAGGAAAAUGCCACAUAGAAGACUUGGACUUUGCAGAGUCUUUCUCUGAGGAUGAAUGGAAUUUACUGUAUGUUGCAGUCACUCGUGCCAAGAAGUGUCUCAUCAUGACCAAAUCAUUGGAGAACAUUUUGACUUUGGCUGGGGAGUAUUUUUUGCAAACAGAGCUGACAAGUAAUGUUUUAAAAACAGGAGUGGUUCACUGCUGUGUGGGGCAGUGCAACAACACCAUCCCAGUGGACACUGUGCUCACCAUGAAGAAGCUCCCCAUCACUUAUAGCAACAGAAAGGAAAACAAGGGUGGCUACCUCUGCCACUCCUGUGCAGAACAGCGCAUUGGGCCUUUGACCUUCUUGACUGCCACCCCCGAGCAGGUGCACUCCAUGCCACCCACCGUCGAGAACAUAGUGCUGCCCAGACACGAAGCUCUGCUUUUCCUUGUCUUCUGAAAGCCAAGAGGAGCAUUCUUCAUGGUACAGAUUGCCUUCUGUGGAUUCCUAUUACUUGAAGAAAGCCAGUGUGGGGUGGGGUUCUCAUUCACCUGAGACUCUGAAUUCACUCACAGAGUAUUUUUGAGGAAGAUGAAGCCAACCAGAGUUGGACCUGCCAUUUAUCCAUUCCCUAUAGGUGAUCAGUUUCCACUGCCCCUCCUCCAUGCACCCAGGGGAUGUGAGAGAUGUUCUUUUGAUUAAAAAAAAAAACCACAACAACAUUUUAUGUAUUUAAGCUUUUAUUACAAGGUUUCAAUUAAACAGCCAUUGUAGAACUGACA